AUGGGAUUUUGGGGAACGACGUUUGCGUUUUGCGUCCUGGAAGGCGCUUGCGCGGUGUACAUCAACGCCACGGGCAUUCGAGGCGCGAAUCACUUGAAACAUUUGCUGAGUGUGACGGCGGUGACGUGCAUGUGGAUGAUGUGGGCGAUAAUAUACAUGGCGCAGAUGUAUCCGCUGGUACAGCCGGUGAGGAAUAAAGGGGAGUAG